ACUGACAAUUAGAACAAUUAAUGGAUAAGACCCAGUAAUGUGACAUCCACUGAUGAUACUUGGUACAAGAAGCAGCAGUCAUUUCUGUUCCCCUAUCAAUUCUAAUUGUCGUUUUGUGCAACAGUAGAAAACAAUCAAUACUAAUGAUCAAAAACACAAACAAACAAAAAAUCAAUACUAUAUAACACGCCAUGUUCAAGCUUCAGAUCUGAAAGCAGAACUGUGCUAUUAAAGGAACAAAAAUAUCUACCAAGAUUUGAUCUUUAACCAUAAAAAUUAAGUGAGAUUGGAGAAUUAUUUUUUAUUUAACAAACAUGGAGAAGAAAAGAUCUUGGGUUUGUAGUUUGGUGUUGCAGGUUUGUCUAUGUGUUGUCGUCUACCUUGCUCUAAAUUUGGGUCAGCCUCAGAAUUUCGUUUAUUUUAGCAGAGGUGGCAUUACCAGUACCAGAAAUCUUGAUGUUUAUUUUCUGAGUGUUAGAGGAAGCUAUAGAGACAUUAAACAACAGAGUCAUCUUCUCAAACUGAUGGAGAAUGUGGCAAAGGUCUACAAAGUAAAGUUCGUUGUGAACAUUAGUGAGUUGGGAGAAGAUGAUCCGCUCACAAAGAAUGCAAGCAGACUCUUCUCAUCCAUGAAUGUUCCAUGGUACACGACUAUAGCUUCAAAGGGAAGGGGAGUUGGUCAUCCUCUGGAUCAGAAUAACGUUAAAGAUGGGAAAAUGUUAAUCAUUGCUGAUGUGGACACUGAGUCACGACAGGAUUUAAUGCUGGUGGGAUCAACGAGUGGCAUUGGAAACAAUCAGUUAAAUUGGCUGGCAAAAACACUAGAGGCCACAACCAGUAACUGGCUCGUAGUUGUUGGAUACCACCCGGUACUUGUCUGUGAAGAGAACAAUGAGAAAAUCGAAGCAAAGCAAGUUUACGAGCCUCUACACCAUAUCUUCAUGAAAUAUGGAGUGAACGCAUACCUGAGCAGAGGGGGUUGCGCAAAUCACACCUUUCAAGACAGUGUAGCCUAUAUAGGCAUUGCAGAUCCUAUUAAGAGUGAACCUGAAAUGGCUUCAUUAAAUGGAAGUUUAGCAUUUCAAAAGGAAGUGGAAAUUGGGUUUCUUCUUCACAGAGUCAACUCUUUAGAGAUGGCAACCUAUUCUGUUACCUUAACAGGAGAGGUGGUGAACAAAAUUUUAGUCCAACAGAGAGGUAGAGAAUUCAUGUAAAUUUAUGGUUGAAAAGGUCAGAAAAUCUUGUCAUUUUAUCAGUAGUGAUCCUAUCAGUUGAGAAUCAUUUUCUUUUUCCCGUGUAAAUGAGAUUCAUUUGAAACUGGCUUUCAAAUUUUUGGCUGUAAUAGAUGGGUUUUAGUUUGCUCCCUAUAUAAUUCACAAUUUUGCUGGUUCAAUUUCAUUUAUGAUCAUUAAAAGUUUUGUUAUAAGAUUACAAUAGGGUUUAUGUAAACUUCAAUUAUAUCCUUAAUCACUUAAUUAUUUUCAUAUAUUUAUACAUCAUUAAUGCUAUUUCAUGGGAAUUCAAUUAGAUUUUGUAAUUGAUAACCAGGUAGGAUUGUUUUUAUUUCUUUUUCAUUUAUAAUCUAGUUUGACGAUUAAAAUAGUCAUUUGUAUUUUCUUCCUUAAUCAAUACAUAAAAGAUUAAUCUUAAGCUAAACCAAUCCAAAUCUUGCUGUAAUUGCCUCGUAAUUCUUUUUAUUUGUUUGUUUCUGUUUUUCUCUUUGUUUAAAACCCUGAACACUCACUUUUUGUACCCAUGUUCAUGACUAAAAUACCCUUCCCGUUCCCGAGUGAUGUCACGCACGCGCGGUAUCAGUUGUGAGACCAAAGGGCAAAAAAGGGAAAGAAGAAGAAAAUCUAUCCCACUAUAAAUCACAGAGCAAAAACUGUACAGCGUUUUGACACUCGCUGGAAGAACAAUGAAUGAGGCUAGUUGGUCGAUGAUCCAUCUCUUCGUCGUUGUCUUCUUCUUCUUCUUCUUCUUCUUCACAUCUCUCUCUCUCCGUAUACACAUUCAUGCACACAUACAUACAUAUAUACACUUGUAUGAGGCUGUGAUGAUGCGUUUUCUUCUUCCAGAAGUGUCCGAUCAGGCAAAUGGUUCAAAAUAUCCGUUUUCUGGCAGGGUGACCCGGAUGGUUUUUGGUUUAUUUCCUUCGGCAACCGGUUGUCGCAGCCAUGGCGGUUUCAUUUUCCUUUGCCUGAUUAAAAAAUCGAUUCAUUUGCGGAUCUGAGCCUCUUUUUCCCGCUUUAUUCUCAUUAAUUUUAUUAUUGAUUUCUUUAUUAUUUAUGGCUCCGCUUUGGUAGUUAUAUUUCGUUUAUGCUGUUAAAAAAAACAAAAAAAACUUAAAGUUAACCGCUGGCGGUGGUGGUGCCUAGUCGUGGUAUUCGUCUUUAACGGUGGAGGGAUGGCACGGGACGGGACUUGAAUAUCUGAAUUAGUUGAUAACUACAAGACAUUUUUUAUCAAUCAAUCAAUCAAUUUUAGAAUUUAAUAGCUGCAUAAUGCCAUAAUAAUAGAGGAAGAAAACUGAAGUGAAAAGGUAAAUGGGAAAUUAAUCUUUUAAAAAACCAAUGUAGAGGAAACUGCAUCGUUUAGGGAGAAUCAUAAUUUCAACAUUUUCUUGCAUGGAGUACACGCGUACAAAAUAGGACUUUUUCUUUUGGCCUUUUUAAGUUUUAACCGCGGUUACAAGCGGUUGUCAGUUUGAUCUGACCGUGGUUAAAUUAGGGUAACAGAGGCUACCCUCCAAUUUUACUCAUCACAUUUACAAUGACCGAAAUAUCCUCCAUCAGCCUGCCGACCCAACAGUUUGAAAAGUAAUAUAAAAGAAAGUGGCUAACAGGAUCAUGAAGCACUCUGGGGUUUUGAAGAAUGAGGUUUUGCUCUCAGAGAGGCGGAUGGGUUUUCUUUCAGGGUGGUUGCCUCCCCUCUCUGAACGACUGUGGAGCCGAUGAUUUCAUAAUAUAAGCAAGUCUUUUGAAAUAAACCGCUCUGCCAAAUGCAUAUUUGGCCCCUGAACUUUGUUUCGUUAUCAUCAUUCUUUCUCUUUCUUCUUCUUUUUCUUUUCUUUCAAUUGCGACUGCUGCUUUGGUUUAUGGAACCGAAUAAUAAAAAGAGGCUGUGAUGAUACUUUAUUUCCAGAGUGCAAAAUUAGACGUUAAAGAAUGCUUUGGUUGUUUGGCUUGGUAAUUUCGGGGUUCUUUUUCGGUAGAGAGCUCCUUUGUUGCAGCCUAUGGCCAUUAGUGUUCUUUUCCUCGUCUGAUUAAAGGCGGAUCUGAGCCUCUCUUUCCUCUCCAAUCCUUCUUUCAGUUUUCUUUUUUAUAUAUUGAAGACUUUUUUAAGUACGAAAUCAGAAAGUUUUUCAUCGUGUGUAUAUAUGUAGUAUUGAACUAACUGGUUCUUGGUAUAAAAUUUGGGUAUUGUUUUUCGAUUUUAAAUCUCACUUUACCUAUUUAUCGGAUUUUCUUUUUUCUGUCCUUUUGAAAAAAAAAAAAAAGAGGUUACUUCGCCGUUGCUUUAACAAUGGGGUGUGGCAAAUGGCUGUUGCAAUUGAAGGAGAACCCAGAUAAGAAAAAUGAGAUUUCCGAAGCGACAGGACAACACGAAACAGUUGAUCAAUCCAAGAGAGUUAAUUGUUCAAAAAAAAAGUCGAAGAGAGUAAUAUGUAAGAAAGCUAAACUCAUCGGAAAGAUGAUUAACAAGUUAAGAUGAACGACGUUUGGCUUGUAAUUGGAGGCAUCAACAGAAACUCUAUAAAAGUUUAACAAUAAAAUAUUGAUAAUGUUGUAGAACAAUAAUUUUAUUUGUUUGAACUGUGAAUUAAAAUAAUUUUUUAUUUUUCUUUUUAGAGUCGCAUCAAAUGUCUAAUUAUUUAUUUAAUUUAAUGAAUUUCGGGUAAUUUUUACAAAAAAUACAUUUUGUUUGUUUAUCAAGAUUAUUGGACUUAUUAAGGUAAAAAACCAGGAUUACCCAUAAUGCAUCGUUAUCUGGGAAUGUCUUGAAGAUAGCAGACCGACAGAAGUUCAUAGUUGAGGAAAUCUCACGCAUGCCGUACACGUGUCGAACAAGUCCAACAUCUGGUUAUUUAAGUUUACAGAAUUACCCCUCUAAAGUUUUACCAGCACAAUCCCAGAAAUUUCAGUGACCGAAAUACCCUUGCCAUUGAAACAGAACGUAAGGGUAAUCCUGGAAUAGAAGUGCUACAAGAAGAAGAUUUGUGAGCAUGUUUUAGAGAAAUAAGCACUCUGUUAAUUCGAGAAUGAGGCUUUGCUCUCAGAGAGGCGAUGGGUCCCUGAACUUAAGCGUGUUUCUCAUUCAUUUCAUUCUUGAGCAAAUUGCUAUUUCCUCCCUGAGUUUUGACCCUUGAUUCCACUAUUUCCUCUCCUCUCUGAAUGCCUGCGAAGCCGAUGAUUUCAUGGUAGGCCGUCCCCUGUAUGUGUAUAUGUAUGUGUGUUUAUUUAUUUAUUUAUUUAUUUACAGUUAUUUGCCCUAUCUCGAGGCUGUGAUGAUUGUCGUUUUCCAGUGUUCAAAAAAUCAGAUGAGAAAGGAAUGCUUUUAGGGUUGUUUGGCAGGGCAAUGUGGAGGUUCUUUAUGGAACUGGACUUUUCCUCUUCCUUAUAGAGUUUCCUAAUUUGCAGCCAUGCCCAUUUGUGUUCUUUUUUUGUUUGAUCAAAGGCGAAGCUGAGCCUCUCAAUUUAUUUGGAGGUUCUGUGCAUUAUGUGCUUAAUAAUUUUUCUUUUUUUUUUUUCUCUCUCUCUCUCUACUGCCUAAACUGAUUACUUGCUUUAAGUCUAGCAUUAGUAUAACGUUUUUCGAUUUCAUUUUUCUGUAAAAUAAUCCAUUAAAUUGGUUUCAGUAAUCUGUAUGCUUCUUUGAUCUAAUCGGUCGGUUCUUUGUAUAAAGUUACAAUAUUGGGCUUAUCUACUUUUCACUUUUUGAUCCCUCUAAACCUUUUACUGCUGUCUACAACUAUGUUUGGUGCACUACUGCAGAUGGAGAAAAAAGAGAGGAUAUUUUGAUGAUAAUAAUAGUAAUAGUAAUAAUGAUGAUGAUGAUGAUGAUGAUGAUGAUGUUGGUGGUGGUGGUGGGAGUGGGAGUCGUGGCAAGGGAGAGAGAUAUUGGAGGACUUUUUGCCUUCUUUUAAGAAAGAGGCUUUGCUCUCAGAGAGAGAAGGGAGGGUUUCAAGGGCGGUUGACUCGUCUUGCUCUGAUGGUUAGCGGAGCUGAUGAUUUCAUUCUCUGUUUGUGUUAUUACCGACAGCCCUUUAAAAGAAAGGAAAAAAGGAAAAGAAAAAAAAGGAUGAUUAUAUCCAAAUCCAUCUCUCUCCUUCAAUUUGUCCAGAAAAAAGGGAAAUGAGCUUUUAUGUGGCACGACUAUGAUGAUAUGCUCUGUGUUUCAAAAAUAUCAGACUUGAGGAGGAAUUGACUAUUUUCAUGGCAGGGUAAUCUUUUUGGUUUGUUGCCAUUUCUUGGCUUGCCUUCAAGAAUUGCAGCCGUGUUACAUUGUCUUUUCCUUUUUCUGUCUCAUAUAUAAAGGCAAAUCUGAGUCACCUCUUUUUACAUACAAGAUUUGUUUAACAACGAGGCUCUGCUCUCAAAGAGAGAUGUGAAGGGAUUCUAAGGGUGGUUGACUCUCACUCUUUAAUAGCCAGCGGAGCUUAUGAUUUCAUUCUCCAUUUCUUUUUGUUACCAACAGCCCUUUCAAACCAGAAAGAAAAACAAACAAUUAUGUGGCAACAGUUGGAAAUCAGGAGCCAAAGUUAUUUUCUCAUUUGUUUAAGAAUGAGGCUUUGCUCUUGGAGAGAGAUGGUAGGUUUUUAAGGGUGGUUGACUCGUUUCUUUCUGAUAGAUAGCGGAGCCAAUGAUUUCUUCUAUAUUUUGCAAUACCAGCAUCCCUUGUGCAUCAGAAUCAUUUUGAUCUUUUUUUUGUGUGUGUGUGUGUGUGUGUGUGUGUGUGUGCAAUGGCUAUGAUGAUAUGCCAUGUGUUUCAAAAAAUCAGACUUGAAGAGAGAGGGCUUGUUAUGGCGGGGUAAGUCUGUGGUGGUGGGAGAAAUGGUGUUUUUGCCAAUUGCUAUCAUUUCUUGGCCUGCCUUGCAAGAUUUGCAGCUUUAACAAUGGUGGUGUUUCCUUAUCUUGUCUGAUACUGUAUAUAAAGGGAAAUCUGAGCCUCCUGUUUUCUCAAUUAUGAUUAAUUUCUUAUAUUUGGCUCCGCUUUGUUUUGCUGAAAACGGUCAAUCUUGGCUUUUGUUUGUUUUCCUGAAAAUGGUUAAUUGAACCCCAAAAUAUCAGGCCUUGCUCCCACAGUAGCUUCUUCUUCAAUGGAUUUCCAAACAAAACCCCCGCUCUUUUCUGUGUACCUAUUCUUAGGAUGUCAUGCUUUUUAUUUUUUUUAGAGCUGAGAAUCAGUCAUUUUAAGGGGAGACACAGCUCUUAUGCGUUUCAAGACAUCACCUCUGGCAAUUUUGUUUUUCUUAACUUGGAUUUUCAGUUGGGUCCUUUUCUUUUUGGGAAUGAUUACUCAAAUACAAAUUUAAGUGGCAAUAUUAUUCAGUAGGAACCUAGGAUUUGACCUGAUAAAAUCAGUCUUCAGCAGUUUGUUUUUCAAUCUUUUCUCAUCUACCCGAUUCUGAUGUAACAGAACGGGGAUUUUAAAGUUUCAUUGCAUUCGAGCUCUUGCAUUCUCAACUGCGCUUGAAAUGACUGUAAACGAGUCCCCUUAAGGGGGCCAUUGGUGAUUUUGAUUAUAACUUCGUACAUGAGGGAGAUUUUUCUUUAUCUUUUAUAACUUGAGAUAGCUGAUUGAGAGCUAGCAAUGGAUCACACAAUUAAGUUACUGAAGAGGGAUUUCUUGGCUUUAAAAGGAGCAACCCAAUCGCCAAUGAAAACGUGCAGCUGCGAGAGACUCAUUGCAAUCUAUGGCAACAAGACAAAAUCCUCUGAAAACACCCAAAGGAUGGGAGACCGCAAGUAGCAUUAGUUUCUCCAUUUGACAACCUAUGAUCACCGUCCACCACUACUCUCAUUGGCUGGUUCUUAUGCUAUAUCAUUAAACUUGAACAAAUUAAGCUGAAACGAGGAACACCCACAAUACGUCGUCAUCUACCUGCAGAUAGCAGACGAGCAGAGGUCAAAGAUUCGUAGUUGAACUUGAUGAGAACUCACGCAUGCUGGACACGCGUAUAACAAGGGCAACAUCUGGUUGUUUAGGUGUACAGAAUUACCCCUCUAGUGUCAUUCUUACUUUUACCAGCACCAUAUCGCUAAGUUAUCCACCACUUUGUAAGGGUAAUCGUGGAAAAAAGUACUGGAAUAAAAAAUCAAUGUCUCUUUCAAGAUUGAGGCUUUGCUCUCAGAGAGAAGUGUUUUGCUUUCCUUGAGCGAACCGUCCGUGAACUGAAAGCACUUUUUGCGUUCAUUUUAUUUUUUUCCUUUAUGGUGUUUGCCACUCCUCUCUGAAUGCCUGCGGAGCCGAUGAUCUCGUGCUAACCCGUCUUGCAUGUGUAUGUUUUGACUUCGUUGGUGGUUGUGUAGAUAGAGACAGAUAUUGCAGGACAUUUUGACUUCGUUUUAAGAAAAAGGCUUUGCUCUCAGAGAGAGAAAUGAGGGUUCUAAGGGUGGUUGACUCCUCUUUCUCAGAUAGGCAGUGAAGCUGAUGAUUUCAUCAUAUCUUCUUUUUUAUGUUACUAACAGCCCUUUCAAAGAAAGAAAGAAACAAAGAAAGCAAUAAUUGUCAUACCAAUAUCCAUCCCUCUUUCUCCACGGAUAUGGCAGGGCUAUGAUGAUAUGCUGUGUGCUUCAGAAUCAGACUUGAAGAGAAAUUGAUAGUUUUCAUGGCGGGGUCAUCUUCUUUUGGUGGUCAUGAUGUGGUGAUUUUGCCAUUCUUGGCUUGCCUGCAGGAAUUGCAACCAUGAAUUAUGAUACUCCUUUUCUUGUCUGAUAUAUGUGCACACUCGCAUAUAUAGGCAAAUCUGAGCCUCUUCUUUCCAGAUAUGUAUUUGGUUCCAACUUGUACUACCAAAAGAUCGAAUGAGAGAGAAAUGACUCUUUCCUAAGAAGUUGAUGGUGCAGAUUACUCCCUAAGCGAACCAUUGACAGACCUUUACCACAUUGAAAACUUUCUAUCACUAGUUUAAGAAUGAGGCUUUGCUCUCAGUGAGAGGUGGGAAGGAUUCUAAGGGUGGUUGACUCCCACUCUCUGAUAAGUUAGCGAAGCCUGUGAUUUUUCGUUCUCUAUGUUUUAUGUUACCAACAGCCCUUUCCACGGAUCUGUGUCUCUGCAUUUUUAUACAAAUUCAGUUGCCAAAAUGGCAUUCUGUCUAUAAUUUUUGUCAACAGACUCCAUUUUCUGGUAGAGUUGGAAAAAUUGUCCUUGUUAGUUUGAGAAUGAAGCUUCUCUCUCAGAGAGAGAUGGGAAGGGUUCUAAGGGUGGUUGACACCUCUCUCUCUGUCAGAGAUAGCGGAGCCAAUGGUUUCUUCUCUAUUUUCCGUACCAACAGACCUUCCCAAAAAAGAAAAGGAAAUGUUAAUCAAAAUCCAUCUCUCUCUCUGAGUCUGCUGUGUAUGGACAUUUUUGUGUGUGUUCGUGUGAUGGCUAUGAUGAAAUGCUAUAUGAUCCAAAAUCAGACUAGAAGAGAAAUUGCCUGUCAUGGCGAGGUAAGUCUUUGGUGGUCGGUGAGAUGGUACUUUUUCGAAUUGCUAUUUCAUUGCUGACCUGCCUUGCAAAAAUUGCAGCCUCGACAAAGGUGGUGUUUCUUUUUCUUGUCUGAUUUCAUAUAAUAAGGGCAAAUCUGAGCCUCCUCUUUACAUAACUAAGAUAUCGCUUCUUCUUUGAAGGAUUGCAAGCAAAAAGCCCAUCUUUUUAUAUUCCAUAGUUCAGAUUGUGAUUCCUUUUCUUUUUUCCAAGAAAUCACAUUGGGAAAUCUUUGUGUUUUAAAUGUUAUUUCUCAAACGGUUUUCUUUUUUAAUCUUAUAUAUAUCUGAUUUUAAAUUGUAAUGAAACGAGUUUCAUUUUAUACGAGUUGUACUCUCAAAUGGGCAGACGAGUAAAUUUUAUAGAAGUUGCAUGCGAGUCCCUGUGGUUUUGAUCAUCAGUAAUUUACAAUUCUUAAGUAAGGUAAUUGUUAUUAUCUUUUAUUAUUUUAAAACUAAGUUAGCUGCAUUGAGAGGCAGAAAACAAUCAAACAACUUGGCUGUAAAAUGAGCACUCCAGGGACAAUUGGGAACAACAGCACUUUAGAAGAUGCACUGCGACUGUUGUAAUGUCUUGGCUUUAGAGGGAAUCACUGAUUCAAUUGGGCCAUUGCCCUCUCGUAAUAAGCCAGUCCUUAUAGCACUGCUGGACCUCUUUAUGCUUCUCUUGUUGGCUACAGUAGCAGCAAGAUUUUGACAAGUAAUUUUUAGAGUAGGAAUCAGAGCAAACAGAGGUCGCAUGGAGGACACGUGUAUAAAACCAAAGUCUUCUACUCUGGUUAGUUUAAUCUCCCCAAACGCUAUCACAAAAUUCAGUGACCAAAUUGCCCUCGUCUGGCCCUUUUCAGUUCUCUACCACUACAACAAAGAAAAAGGGUAAUCAUGGAAAAAGGAGUAGUACAAAAAAGGAAGACCCGUUGAUGUUUUAGGGAUUAAGCACUCUUGGAAAGAAUUGAGGUUUUGCUCUCAGGGAGGCGGAUGGGUUUUCUUGUAAGGUGGUUGCCUCCCCUCUCUGAACGCUUGCGAAGCCUGUGAUUUCAGUCUCCGCCUGUUUUUCUUUUCAAUGGAAUAAACCGCCUUACAUGAGUAUGUGUAUAUACAUAUAUAUAUAUAUAUAUUUAUCUGGGAUAAAGCGUCAAUUUGGCCCCUGAACUUGUCUGUUUUCUUCUUCAUCAUCAUAAUCAUCUGUCUUUCUUUUUCUUCUUUUCUUUCUUUUUGAUGCAAGAGGCUGUGAUGAUACUGUUUAUCCAAGAGUGCAAUAAAUUGGACGUUGAGGAAUGCUUUUGGCUGUUUCGGCAUGUUAAUGAGGAGCUUUCUUUAUGAAAUUGGGAGAACUUCUCCCUUUUAUAGAGAGGGUCCUCUUUGCAGCUCCAUGGCCUUUGUGCUCCUUUUCUUGUCUGAUUAAAAGGCGGAUCUGAGCCUCUCUCUCUUCUAAAAUCUGUUCUUCCUCCGCCAAAUUCGUUCUUUAUCAUUUUCUGUCUACAACAAUCUCUUGAGAUUAUAUCAGUAGUCUGUGUGUGUCUGAGAUAGCAGAUUAAGUUUGGAUAUUGGAUUUCUUUUGGAUAUGUUUUCUGUUUUUUCGAGGUAUGAUGGCCUCAUCACUUCUUAUUAUUAUUGAUAGUCUCUCAACACUGGUGUCAGGAGAGCAAUGGCUUUUCUUUGAAACUUCAAAGAUUACGCUGUGCAUAUCUAUGGAACUGCUAACAAAACCCAGAAUAAAGGGAAUAGAAGGGAUUAAAUUAUUAUUAUUAUUUUAAAGCUGUGCAAAACCACCUCUGGAUUCUGGAUUUUCUUGUUGAGUGGUUUUGAUUAUUUGCAACUAUAGGAAGAGGUCUCUUUUCAUUGAUGGCAGACAUUCCUAAUUAAUUGAAAAAGCAACUCAGUAAAAGACAUAUCAUAUUGGUAACUUUAUUCUGUUUUAUUACAAGUGGAGCUACUUGAUUUUGCUGUUUCAGUGUCCAAAUAUGUGCUUACUGAUAAAUAGAGGACGUACAAACAAAAAGCAAAGAACAACUUUGAGAACUAAAUGUAUAGUCCCCGGCGAAUUUUUACCAGUAUAUCUUAAUGACCGAAAUAGCCUCAGUCAGUUAUUUAUCAGUAACCAAUUAAUACUAGUUUACACCACAAGGGUACUGUUGGAAUAAUAAAGCAGUAUAAAACGGAAAAUAGAAUGAAUUUUAAGGAUUAAGCACUCUGGAGUUGAAAAAUGAGGCUUUGCUCUCAGAGAGGCGGAUGGGUUUUGUUAUUUGGUGGUUGCCUCCCCUCUCUAAAUGCCUGCGAAGCCUGUGAUAUCAAAAUCUCCGCCGUUUCUUAUGAAAUAAACCGCCAUGCCAAAAUCCAUAAUUAGGCCCCUGAACUUUGCUUCUUUAUCAGCAGCAGCAGCAAUCUCUCUCUCUCUGUUUAUGGAACCGAAUAAUAAAAAGAGGCUGUGAUGAUACUGUAAGUCCAGAAUCCAGAGUGCAAAAGAAUGCUCUGGUCGUUUUGGCUUGGCAACAUCGGGGUUCUCUUUUUAUUAUUUCUUGAGAGAGCUCCUUUGUUGCAGCCACAUGGCCAUUUGUGUUCCUUUUCUUGUCCGGUUAAAGGAGGAUCUGAGCCUCUCUUUAUUUCUCUCUUCAAUUUAUCUUUUUCUCUUUUCGAAGACUUCUUCCAGUUUGAAAUUAUGAAGUUUUUCAUCUAUUUUCUGUCAAAAUGAUUACAGCCAAGCAGCCCGUUGUAUAAAAAGUUCGGAUUUUGGGUUUUUCUUUUUCUUUUUCUCUUCAUCUAGAUGCCGUUAAUGGUGGUGUAUUAGAUGAUUAUUACAAUGCAGUGAUCAAAUUCAAGAGUCUCUUUGGGGUUUUGAUUAUUCUUUAUGAUAGAAUAGCUUUUACAGAACAGAAAUAUGCAAAAAGAAAACAUUACAGGAGAAUAUCUUGAUUUAUAUCAUUAAUUGGCCAUUUUCAUCUUAUUAAAUAUUUGCCUUUGGUAAAUUAAUAAAUUUCACUAAUUUAUUAUUAGCCAAAUUAAUCUAAAAUAUGAGAUUACUCUUAGAAUGCAUCGUUAUGCGGGAACAUCCUGCAGACAAUCAGAAGUCAUAGUUUGCAGAGGACUCACGCAUGAUGUACACGUGUAUAACAAAGCCAGCAUCUAGUAGUUGGCUUUACAGAAUUACCCUCUAAAGUUGUUCUAAUUUUUGGCAACACCAUCACAAGGUAUGGUGACCGAAAUACCCUGUCUCGCCAACUCCUCUGCAACAUGCAUUACUAUUUAGGGAUUCAGUAUUCCUUUGAUUCAAGAAUGAGGCUUUGCUCUCAGAGAGAAGUGGAUCGGUUUUUCUUGGUUAAUUUAUCACUUGGUGUCCUGACUUUAAGCGUGUUUCUCAGUCAUGUGAUUAUUGUUUCUGCACUCUCUGAAUGCCUGCGGAGCCAGUGAUUUCAUGGAAGCCCGUCAUGUAUGUGUCUUUUGUUUGUUUGUGUAUUUAGAGUUGAUUACUGUUUUUUUGAGGCUAUGAUUAAUUUUUGGAGUGCACAAAAUAGAGGAUCUUUGGUGUUUUUGUUGGAAUUGGUUUUGUCUUCUUCCUUUAGAGCUGCAAGCUCCCUCUUUUGCAGCGGUGCCCUUUUGUGUUCUUUUUCUGUUUGACCAAAGGCGAAGCUGAGCCUCUCAAUUUCUUUUUGUAUGUUCGCAAAUUUUUGUCUUAAUAGAUCUCUUUUCUUUUUUAGGAGUAUACUGCCUACACUGAUAGAUUGCUUCUUUCUUUUUAUGAAGUUAAAAUUUUGGGCUAUUUGUUUUUCACGUUUUGAUCUCUAAAGGUACUAUUUCUUUGUUGCUUUUUUCUUUUCUCGAAAACGUAAAGAAACUAAAGAAGGGAAAUGAGAAGAAAAUGAUAUUAAUGAUGAUGAUGAUGAUGAUAAUGGUGUUGGUGGUAGUGGUGAGAGAUAUAAGAGGACAUUUUGCCUUCGUUUUAAGAAAGAGGCUUUGCUCUCAGAGAGAGAAGGGAGGAUUCUAAGGGUGGUUGACUCCUCUUUCUCUGAUAAGUAGUGGAGCUGAUGAUUUCAUUGUAUCUCUUUUUAUGUUACCAACAGCCCUUUCAAAGAAAGGAUUAUCAUAUAUAUACACACACACACACACGCAUAAAAGCACAAAGGGCCCCUUUCUCUUGUCCAAGAAGAUCAAACAAAGAAGAAAUGAGUUUUUAAAUGACAGGGCUAUAAUGAUAUGCUUUUCUGUUUCAAGAUUCGACUUGGGGAGGAGUUAGACUGUAUUCGUGGCGGUGUAAUCUUUUUGGUGGUCAGUGAAAUGGUGAUUUUGCCAUCAAGUCUUGGCUUGCCUGUCAAGAAUUGCAGCCAUGACUCAUUGUUCUGUCUUUCUCUUGUCUAAUAUACAUUAUGAAGGCAAAUCUGAGCCUCCUCUUUCCAGACAUAAGUUUUGUUUGUUUAAAGUUUGGGAAAUAGCUCCAAUAUGACCCUAAUGCUUACCCGUCUGGUCAUAUUUGACCCUGGUGAAGAUGGAUUGAGGGUGAAUCCUCAUUUCCGUCGAAUAAUUCCUACAUGAUGGCUUAUUCAGGUGUUUACUACUUUAAGUGUUUAUUUGCGCAUAAAAAAAAGUUCAGGGCAAAAAUGCACCUUCUCCCUGUUUUUUGGUAGACAGGAAUUUCUGUCACUAGUUUAAGAAUGAAGCUUUACUCUCAGAGUGAGAUGGGAAAGGUUCUAAGGGUGGUUGACUCCCACUCUCUGAUAGCCAGCGGAGCAUAUGAUUUCCUUCUCUUUUUUGUGUUGCCAACAGCCCUUUUGGGAAUUAUUGCAUCUCAGAUUCAAAAUCAGGGACCAAAUUGAACCUUGUUCAAUAAAUUGUGUCGAGGGAGGUACAAUCGGAGGACCUUUCUGUUAUUAUUUUAAGAAUGAGACUUUGCUCUUAGAGAGAGAUGGAAGAGUUCUGAGGGUGGUCGAGUCCUCUCUCCCUGAUAGAUAGUGGAGCCUAUCAUAUCUUCUCUAUGUAGUGCGCGUAAAUAAAAUGGCUAUGAUGAUAUGCUAUGUGUUUCAAUAUCAGACUUGAAGAGGGAGUGCUUGUCAUGCCGGGGUAAAUCUGUGGUGCGCAAUGAGAUGUGUUGCUCUCAUUUCUUGGUCUGCCUUGCAAGAAUUGCAGCCUUGACAGUGAUAGCGUUUGCUUUUCUUGUCUGAUAUUGUAAAAUGAAGGCAAAUCUGAGCCUCUUUUUUUCCGUUAACUAAGAUUAAUUAUUAUUAUUGCUUUGCUCUGCAGAAAAUGGUCAAAUGAAAUGCCGGCUUUCUUUUCUUUGAUGAAAAUGGUUGAAUUGAGGCUGAAAUGAUCAGAGCCUGCUCUCGAACGAGUUUCUGUUUCAUCUUUUUUUUUUUUCACAUGAAAUCACCUUUCACAGAUGUUUUUCUUUUUUCUGAAUUUUAUUUUUCACAUGGGUCUUUUUGGUGUGAUCCCCUGAAUUCAAAUUUAAGUGGCAAUUAAUUCAGUAGAAAUGUAGGAUUUGGUCUUGUGAUCUUUUUUCAUCUACCUGAUUCUACUGUAACAAAACUGGAUUUUUAUUUUUAUGUUCUUUCUAUUCAAGUUCGUGUGUUUCUCAACUGCGCAAGUCUGAGAUUACUAAAAGUUGUACAUGAGAGAUUAGUCCCCUUACAGGGCUACUAGUGAGUUCGAUUGUAUAAAAUAUUUCACAGUUUGCUGAAUCUUGGCGGUAAAAUGUGCAACCCAAUUAACAGUAGGGACAAACAAAAUGCGAAGAGCAGUUGAGAGGAUGUGCUGCCAUGGAUUUAAUGUCUUGGCAUAUGCCAUCGGACUGUCUGGCCUGGGAGUAGGAACGCCUGACCUUAAAUUGAGUAGAUCAUUUACAGGGACAUAAUUGAGUUUGGAACUCUAGCUAUGAUUUGAUUGGGCAGUUGGGGCCUUGGUUAAUGUCCACCUGCGACAAAGACUCCGUUGCAAUCUAUGGCAGUGAUUUUAUCUUAACAAAAUAUGAAUUAUAUUCAUAUGAGAUUUAUUGAAAACAAAGAAUCCUCCUUGUUUCGCUUGAUUUUUAUCAUUUUGAAAUGCAGAACCUACAAAAAAAAAAAAUAUAACGAGCCUAACUGGGAACAAAGAGGUCAUAAUUGAUCACCACCACUCACAAAAUUCAAUGACCAAAUUAUCCUCGUAUACCCUGAUCAGCUCUCUACCACUGCUAAGCAAAGAAAAAGGGCAAUCCUGGAAUAAAAGUAGUACAAAAAUGGAAAACGUUAUUGUUCUUUUAGGGAUCAAGCACUCUCGAGUUAAACGAGGCUUUGCUCUCAGAGAGGGGGAUGGGAUUUCUCCUAAGGUGGUUGCCUCCCCCUCUUUGAACGGCUGCGAAGCCUAUGAUUUCAUAAUCGUCGCUGUCUUUUAAUGACAUAAACCGCCUUGCAUCUGUAUAUGUAUCUGAGCGUCAAUUUGCCCUAAACUGUUUCAAAUGUGGCUCUUCUUCUUCUUCUUCUUCUUCUUCUUCUUCAUCAUCAUCUUCAUCUUUUCUUUUUCUCGUGCUGCUUCUGCUGUUAUAAAACCGAAUAUAAACGAGGCUGUGAUGACACUGUCUUUUCAAGAAUGAACAAAAUUUAGACGUUAAGGAAUUCGUUGGCUGUUUGGCAGGGUAAUGUGGAGCUUUGUCCUCUUUUGUAGAGAUGGCUCCUCCUUGCAGCCCUAUGGCCAUUUGUGUUCCUUUUCUUGUCUGAUUAUUAGGCGAAUCUGAGCCCCUCUCUCUUCUAAAUUCUCCUUUCCUUAUUUAAAAAAAAAAAAAAAAGAAGAGAUUUCUGAACUUUUUUUUUCUAAAAGAAAUCUUUCUAUCCAGAACAAUACCUUAAUGACUUCAUAGCAGGUUUUAAAUUUAGGGUUUGGUUUUUCUAUCACUUUUACUGUGUUUCCUUCUUGCUGUGUUUCUUUCCGUGCAUUUUCUGUUCUUGCAAGCUUCAUGAAUCAUGUUUUUUUCUUUUUACUCGUAUUUAAAAAGGAAGGACAUUUGGCGUCAAAUUUUGUUGCCCAAAUCCACAUAAAUUCCUGCUAAAAUGCUCAAACAGUGGUAUUGAUCAAAGUGAAAAGACUUUUGCAUGGAUACAUUUUGGAUUUAGUUCUGAAAGUAAAAACAGAGUAUUGAUUUUCUUAAGAAACGAAUUGGUGCUAUUAAUGGUAUUUAAUGAGUAAGAGUAUUGUUAUGUGACAUAAUUGGGCAUUACCCACAAGUAGUGGUUGCUAUUUAGUCCAAAGUCAUGCGAUAAUAAGACAUAAUUGUGAUCAAAUUCGAAGGGUCUUGUACUUUUAUUUGCUUGACCUCUUGAAAACCAGUGCACAAAAACCUGCGUCUCUGGAACAUCUCAAGGAAGUUAGCUCAUAUAUAAGGCAUUACUGGCAAAUUUUUAAUUAACAAUGUAGAUUUGCUUAUGAAUGGGUCGUGGCCCAUGGGAGUCAAUGGGACCCUUUGGGUCUGAUUUAAAAUGGGCUUUCAGCCCUGCACCCAAUUCACAAGAAAGGGUAAAUUUGGAAUAAAAUAACAGUCAACUUCACCAUAAAUAGUUUUGUGGAUUGAAAACUUGUUCUCUCUAUCAUUAGUUUAAGAAUGAGGGUCUGCUCUCAGAGAGGUGGGAAGGGUUCUAAGGGUGGUUGACUCUCACUCUCUGAUAAGCUAGCGGAGCCUGUGAUUUCAUUCCCUAUGUUUUAUGUUACCAACAGCCCUUUAGCAGAAAGCAAACAUUUUCUUCAUAUAUAUAUAUAUAUAUACAUGUAUAUUGGGCUAUGAUGAUAUACGCUGGGAGUUCCAAAAUCAGACUUGAAAGGCAAAGGUUGCUGCUUCUCACGGCGGGGUAGUCUUUGGUCUACGCUGUACAAAGAAUUGCAGCUGUGAAACGGUAGCGUUUCUUUUCUUGUCUGAUUAUUGAGGCAAUAUCUGAGCCUCCUCUUUCCAGAUCUGUCUUAGUAUCUGUUUGUUUCGUGGGAAAAUACUUCGCUGGAAAGUCAAAACACAUUUUCUCUGUCUCUCUCUCUCUCUCUCUCUCUCUAUAUAUAUAUAUAUAUAUAUAUAUAUAUAUUAAUUUGAGGCUGUGAUGAUGCUUAUAGUUUUCAAGUUAAAUAUCAGACAUUUUAAGGAACAAAGCCCAUCUAUUUGGCGGGGCAAAUCACUUAUGCAGCCAUAGUUGUGGUGUUUGUCGUUCCAUCCUGUCUGAGAAAAGGCGAAUCUGAGCCUCC